AUGAUUGUAAAAAUUCCUGGUUGUACAGAAGUAAGUGCUGAAGAUGUAGGAGAGUGGAUGGCUUGUGACACGUCUGACCCUGGUUUUCAAAUUCUCAAUGACGAUGAAAUUGUUGUAAGUGUGAGAGAAGAUGUUGAAGUGGAAGUGGAAGAAGAACUUUCUGCUGAUGUUAAAGUAGACGCUGGACCAUCAGCUAGUGAAGCAUUUGCCGGCCUCGAGACUGCUUUGAAGUGGAUGGAGCGUCAGCCCGAGUGUGACCACUUGCAACUGCUCACUGUCAAGCGAAUGCGUGACCUGGCUGCCCGAAAACGGUGACGACCGCAAAACAGCUUACAUUGACGGAGAUGUUUAAAAAACAAUGAUUUUUAUUUCUAAGCUUGUACAUUUUAUUUAUAUUUAAAACAUGUGAAAAUUUCAUGUUUCUUUCAUUUAAUUCAAUAAAAAAAUAGUGCAAUAUCAAAACGUAGCUUUUAUUCUCUCCAUUGGCAAUUUAAAAAAAAAAAAACCGAUUAUCCGAAUAUUUGAUUAUCCGAAUGGGUCCCGGUCCCCAUUAAUUCGGAUAAUUGGAGUUCUACUGUAUGUAAAAAUGUUUAAAACUCUUGUUACCUAGACAUAGGAAACAACAAUGUACCUCAUUUUUCAAAAAUAGUUUUAAAAUGUUUAAAACGCUUGUUACCUAGACAUAAGAAACAACAAUGUACCUCAUUUUUCAAAAAUAGUUUUAAAAUGUUUAAAAGGCUUGUUACCUAAACAUAAGAAACA